AAUUGUUUUUUCCUCUUCAAAGGCCUCCUCGGUGCCUUGCUGGCUCUCCGGCCCAGUUUGGAUCUAAACAGCACCCCAGCAGAAUGGACCUGCCAAAAUUAGACUUCUCUGCAUGACAUUUCUGCAGGUAACCAGCAGAAUGGUGGCUGGCGUAGUGAGUGGGCACAGGUACCUGGUGGCAUGCUGGCAGCCCAUUCUUAUCCUGAUGCUGGGCACUGUGCUGUCGGGUUCCACCACAGGAUGCCCGUCCCGCUGUGAGUGCAGUGCCCAGGAGCGCUCUGUUCUGUGCCACCGCAGGAAGCUGGUUGCCCUUCCGGAGGGAAUCCCUAUUGAGACGCGACUGUUGGACCUGAGUAAAAACCGCCUGAAAGCCAUCAACCCAGAGGAGUUCAUCAGCUAUCCCCACCUGGAGGACCUGCAGCUUAAUGAGAAUGUCAUCUCAAUCAUCGAGCCAGGUGCAUUCAGUAAUCUCUUUGGAUUACGGACGUUAGGACUGCGCAACAACAAACUGAAGCUCAUUCCACUGGGUGUAUUUACUGGUUUGAGUAACCUCACCAGACUGGAUAUAAGUGAGAAUAAAAUAGUUAUCUUGUUGGAUUACAUGUUUCAGGACCUUUACAAUCUAAAAGAACUGGAAGUGGGAGAUAGUGAGCUGGUCUUCAUCUCUCAUAGAGCCUUUCACGGACUCAAUAGUUUAGAGCAGCUCACCAUGGAGAGGUGCAAUAUGACCUCAGUGCCCACAGAGGCCUUCAGCCAUCUCCAUACCCUGAUGGUACUCAAGUUGUGGCAUUUUAAUGUCAACCUCAUUAGGGAUUUUUCCUUCAGGAGACUCUAUCGACUGAAAGUGUUAGAGAUAACACAUUGGCCCUUUCUCGAAGCCUUGACCGAUAAGUCCCUCCAUGGACUCAACAUUACCACACUAAGUGUCACACACUGCAACCUCACUGCCAUCCCAUAUGUGGCCAUCCAGCACCUUGUGUACCUUCGCUCCCUCAAUUUUUCGUUCAAUCCCAUAGAGAGUGUGGAGGGUAACAAAUUGCACAACUUAAUGAGGCUGCAGGUAUUUGACUUAGUAGGGGGUCAUUUGGUCACUAUUGAGCCUUACUCUUUCAGAGGACUGAAUUACCUUAAGGUUCUCAACAUUUCCAGCAAUAGCUUGAGCACUUUAGAAGAGUCUGCCUUUCAUUCAGUUGGUAAUCUUGAGACCUUGGCCCUAUAUGACAACCCCCUGGCAUGUGACUGCCGCUUGUUAUGGGUUUUCCGUCGCCGCUGGAGGCUCAAUUUCAACAAGCAGCAGCCAUCAUGCACUUCCCCUGAAUUUGUGCAAGGGAAAGAGUUUAAAGAUUUCCCAGAUAUUCUCCCUUCUAAUUAUUUCACUUGCCAGAAAUCUAAGCUCCGGGACCAUAAACCCCUUCAGAGAUUUGUGGAUGAAGGGACCACAGUUCAUUUUGCAUGCCAAGCAGAUGGGGACCCAACCCCUGUGAUCAUGUGGCAGUCUCCUCGGAAGCAGUUCAUCACCACCAAAAGUAUUGGACGUCUGUUAGUGUCUCUGGAUGGCACCCUGGAAAUACGAUACGCCCAAAUACAAGACAAUGGCACAUAUACAUGUAUUGCAACCAAUGCAGGGGGUAAUGACACCAAGCUUGCUCAUCUACAUGUUCAUAGUUAUUCACCCAACUGGCCCCAUCAGCCUAAUAAGACAUUUGCUUUCAUAUCCAACCAGCCCAAUGAUAGUGGUGCCAAUGACACUGAUAGAUCAGUCCCAUUUCCAUUUGAUAUGAAGACUCUUAUCAUUGCUACAACUAUGGGAUUUAUUUCUUUCCUUGGAGUGGUUUUGUUUUGUCUUGUACUCCUCUUUCUUUGGAGUCGGGGGAAAGGUAACGCCAAGCCAAACAUCGAAAUUGAGUAUGUGCCACGUAGAGUAGAGGGGCAGACCAGUCCAACCGAGGAAACCCAUAAGAUCAGAAUGAAAAUGAUGUAAAAGUCAAAUCUUCAGUUCAUGUGAA